CCCCUCACAACUGUCAGUAGUUGUUCGUCUGUGAGCUUUGUUUAAUAAUGAAGCUAUUUCUCCUACUUUGUGUUAUCUCUGCUCUCGCCUUAAGCCAAGUCAGAGCUAAUUGCUCAGCUGAUUGUCCCGAUACGGAGGAGGUGGUCUGGGCUCUGGGUGGCGGAUGUAAUGUGUUCCGCAACAAAUGCUAUUUCGACAAGGAGAACUGCCAGCGCAAGCCACCUCUAAGUAUUACCACCAAAGAGGAAUGCCAGGAAUUGUGUCCUUUUGCCUGUCCUCAAGUGUAUCAACCUGUUGGUGGCACUUACAGAGGACAUUUGAGGACCUUUCGCAAUCCAUGUGAGAAAAAUAUCCACACCUGCAUAACAGGAGAAACCUUUAUAUAAAACUAUGACCCGCUUAAAGAGUUCAGCCAUUCGAUUUGAACCAGUUAACUUUGGAAUGAAAUAAAUUAUAAAGAACUUGUUUUCCUUGUUCUAUGGCUACAAAUUUUGGGGGCUCGUUUGUUGUAAAAAUGUAUUUGCAUUUCUAAAUUAUUUUAAAUACAUUUACUCAAUAUUUA